AUGGCUGCUCAAUUGAAAGAGGAUGGAAAUGCCAAGCUGAAGGCAGGCGACAAAGACGGGGCACUUGCAAUGUACACGCAGGGAAUCACUGAGGCCCAGCGAGAAAUCACAGACUUCCCAGGGGGUAACAUUGACGACAUCAAGCCGCUGCAGACCCUGUUGACCCAGCUGUUUUCAAACAGAGCGCAUGUGCUGAUACAGAUGGGCCGUCCACAAGAUGCCAUAGAGGACUGCCACCAAGCAGUUGCUGUCGAUAGUCAGAACAGCAAAGCGUACUGGAGAGGAGCUUCUGCUGCUCUGAAGAUCGACGAGCACGAGGUUGCCGCGGAGUUCGUCAGGAAGGGGCUGACGGCAGUCGACGUCAACGAUUCGAAAGCGCUGGUCGAACUUUUCGGGAAGUCGUUCAGCGCGUGGGAAGUGGGGGCUGCUGAGGGCGGCGUGGCAUCGCAAUACAUGCUGGGCUUGGCGUACCUCAAAGGGAACGGAGUGAAGCGUGAUAUCAGCACGGGCGUGUCGCAUAUGAAGAUUGCCGCAGAUCGAGGCGAUGAGAUGGCUGUUCAGAUGAUCGAGAGGGUUGAAUCCGAGCAAGCUGCAGCCAAAUCCUCGGCUGAAGCCUCUGCAGAAGCCUCUGCACAUUUUUCGAAUGAUAAUCCUUUGGUGGACUUUUGGAUUGGCGCUGCUCAGGAGGGCGACCCUGCUGCGCAAUUCAAUUUGGGUUUGGCAUUUCUGAAGGGCGAAGGCGUGCCGCAAGACUCGGCGAAAUGCAUAGAACUGUGGACAAAGGCUGCUCAGAAUGGCGAUGAGAUGGCCCAGCAGAAUCUGUUAGCAUUACACAGGGAACAACGUGGGAGCUGA